AUGCAAAGCCACAGAUCAUUCUUCAGCUCCUCAAUGAACUUGACGUUCAGGAAACUCAGUUCUGAUGGAGCCCGUCCUGAAAACUCGUCUGCUUUCUCGGACAUCGACAUCUCACUGGAUUCUUUUGAUGUUCCUAACUCGCCGUACUUUCCAAGGUUGUUCACAAAGUUAAACAACAGUUUUAAGUUCCAUAAGUCGUUUAUGGUCUGUGGAUUUGUGGCAAGUCGUUCCACCUCCAGUUUGAAGUCAAUAAUCGUAGAUUGUGCUCGCUGCUCCUUAUUGUUACUUCCCAAUAAGUCCGAUCUCUCAAAAGAGGACAGCUUCUUGAAAAUUGAUAAACUUUCAAGCUCCUUGAUACAUCCUUGUUCCUGCUCUUCAUCUUCUUCUGUGUCUAACUGUCGCACAAUUUCUGUAAAAGGUAGUCGCAAAUCUUGA